GAUGACUAGCCCCGCCUCUUCCUCUCGGUCCCAUAUUGAACUCGAGUUGGAAGAGGCGAGUCCGGUCUCAAAAUGGAGGUAAAACCGCCGCCCGGUCGCCCCCAGCCCGACUCCGGCCGUCGCCGCCGCCGCCGGGGGGAGGAGGGCCAUGAUCCAAAGGAACCAGAGCAGUUGAGAAAACUGUUUAUUGGUGGUUUGAGCUUUGAAACUACAGAUGAUAGUUUAAGAGAACAUUUUGAAAAAUGGGGUACACUUACAGAUUGUGUGGUGAUGAGAGACCCCCAAACAAAACGUUCCAGGGGUUUUGGUUUUGUGACUUACUCUUGUGUUGAAGAGGUGGAUGCAGCAAUGUGUGCCCGACCACACAAGGUUGAUGGGCGUGUAGUGGAACCAAAGAGAGCUGUUUCUAGAGAGGAUUCUGUAAAGCCUGGUGCCCAUCUAACAGUGAAGAAAAUUUUUGUUGGUGGUAUUAAAGAAGAUACAGAAGAGUAUAAUUUGAGAGACUACUUUGAAAAGUAUGGCAAGAUUGAAACCAUAGAAGUUAUGGAAGACAGGCAGAGUGGAAAAAAGAGAGGAUUUGCUUUUGUAACUUUUGAUGAUCAUGAUACAGUUGAUAAAAUUGUUGUUCAGAAAUACCACACUAUUAAUGGGCAUAAUUGUGAAGUGAAAAAGGCCCUUUCUAAACAAGAAAUGCAGUCUGCUGGAUCACAAAGAGGUCGUGGAGGUGGAUCUGGCAACUUCAUGGGUCGUGGAGGGAACUUUGGAGGUGGUGGUAACUUUGGCCGUGGUGGAAACUUUGGUGGAAGAGGAGGCUACGGUGGUGGUGGUGGUGGCAGCAGAGGUAGUUAUGGAGGAGGUGAUGGUGGAUAUAAUGGAUUUGGAGGUGAUGGUGGCAACUAUGGUGGUGGUCCUGGUUAUAGUAGUAGAGGAGGCUAUGGUGGUGGUGGACCAGGAUAUGGAAACCAAGGAGGUGGAUAUGGAGGUGGUGGUGGAGGAUAUGAUGGUUACAAUGAAGGAGGAAAUUUUGGAGGUGGUAACUAUGGUGGUGGUGGGAACUAUAAUGAUUUUGGAAAUUAUAGUGGACAACAGCAAUCAAAUUAUGGACCCAUGAAGGGGGGCAGUUUUGGUGGAAGAAGCUCGGGCAGUCCCUAUGGUGGUGGUUAUGGCUCUGGUGGUGGAAGUGGUGGAUAUGGUAGCAGAAGGUUCUAAAAAAUUUUCAGAAGAAAAGGGCUACAGUUCUUAGCAGGAGAGAGAGCGAGGAGUUGUCAGGAAAGCUGCAGGUUACUUUGAGACAGUCGUCCCAAAUGCAUUAGAGGAACUGUAAAAAUCUGCCACAGAAGGAACGAUGAUCCAUAGUCAGAAAAGUUACUGCAGCUUAAACAGGAAACCCUUCUUGUUCAGGACUGUCAUAGCCACAGUUUGCAAAAAGUGCAGCUAUUGAUUAAUGCAAUGUAGUGUCAAUUAGAUGUACAUUCCUGAGGUCUUUUAUCUGUUGUAGCUUUGUCUUUUUCUUUUUCUUUUCAUUACAUCAGGUAUAUUGCCCUGUAAAUUGUGGUAGUGGUACCAGGAAUAAAAAAUUAAGGAAUUUUUAACUUUUCAAUAUUUGUGUAGUUCAGUUUUUCUACAUUUUAGUACAGAAACUUUAACAAAAUGCAGUUUUGAAGGUGUUUCCUUGUGAGUUAACAAGUAAAGAAGAUCAUUGUUAAUUACUAUUUUGUAUGAAUUUUGCUAAAGUUAACUGUAAAGAAACACCUGCUGACUUGCAGUUUAAGGGGAAUCUAUUCUCUGCAUUUCCAAACCAUGAAAUGAAUGGGCUCUGACAUGUGGAGAGAAUAGAUAAUUUGUAUGUUUGCAAUGUGUGUUUUAGAUAAAUAGAAUUGGGUAUUUAAAUUAGCAUACUUGUGAAUUUAAUAGCAUUAAGAUUUACCUUCAAAUGAAAAAAAUCUCAAAAUUUCUAUUUGGUUUUUGUGCAUUUUCUUUCAAAAUGUAAUCAUAUGAUUUUAGUGUGUUAGUUUUGCUAAGAGUCCUAGCCAUGUUUAGAGCAUCUCCAUUCUACAUUCACCUUGGUCACAUGUGAACUGCCAUAGUUUUAUUUGGGUGUAAAGAAUGUCUACUGCCCUUUGUUUAAAUUCUGGAAAGGGGCAGUGGAUGUUUUCCCUUUCACUUAAAAACCAUUCUUAAAAAUUUAAAAAUACAGGACCACUAAGCGUGCUGUGUCUGAGCAAAUUAGUGGCUACCAUUUUUUUUCCCCUUCCCGUUUUCAAAGCACAAGAGGCCCAUAAAUCUUCGGUUAUUUUCCUUGGUUUAAUAUAUAUAUUUUUUUGAUACAAGCUUUCAGAAGCAAGAGAAUAAAAAUCAUGCGUUGUUGAACCCUUAACUGGCUGGCAUGCUUUCCUGUUUGUACCCUCUCUAUUGGAUAAAACCAAGGACAGUCUAGAUAAAAUCAUAAAUGACUUCACUGCAGUAGAAGUGUAGCACAGUUGCUUAGUACAAGCUUCUCACUUUCCCACCUGAAUACAAAGUUGAAUAGUCUGAGUUCUUGCUCACUUAAAAUCUAAAAGAACACACUGUUACUCCAUGUGUAUGGUUGAACCUGAAUCGUGUCGGUAUGAGUUAACAGUUUGGUUUGGAAGACCUUGGUUGAGAAGAGUUUCAGAUAAGGUCAUAUAUAAACACCAAUGUCUACUGUUUCGCGCCAGCUAGUGCUUACAUUUCAUUCGAGCCCUAAGUUAUGUGCUCUGCUGUUACCUUUCUUUGGCAGUUGAACGUUGAAUUCAAGAUUAUUUUUGUUUUCAGAAGUACUAAGCAAAACAAGCAAUAAAAAGGGGAAUGGGGCGUGCUAGUGUUUGAAUAUGCUCUCUUGUUGCUCUAAUUCUGUGCCUCUGUGCAUUAUUAAUAUUUGGAUGCAUGCAAUGCCAGCAUGGAAAUCGGUCUUCACAGAUACUGCAGUUUUCCAGAAAACACUCACAAACCAAUAAAUGUAACAGACAACAUUCCAUUUGUUAAUGGACAUAUGUGAAUAAGCAGCGUAGAAAAUAGGCUAAUAUUAGAAAAUGGUUAAGUCUUUAACAACUUCAAAUGUGGUUAUAUAAAUGGACACUGUCAAUGUUCAUAACUUAAACCUGGGUACCUGGUCAAAGUACUGCUUGGGAAACAUUUUAUUAAAAUUGAGCUAAAUUGUCUCAAGUUCUUUUAUUCAUAUAAUAAAGGUUGAAGGAAUGGGGGAGAUUAACAUUUCCUGUUGCUAUGUUUGUGAAAUUGUUUGACACAACCUUGACAGUAUCCUUUAAUGGCAUAUGAGGUUAUUUGUACUGUUAACAACCUUUUUAUGUUCUGGAACUAGUUUAAUAGUGAAAAUAUUUUCAGUAAGUUGAUGUUUGCAACCUAUAAGCAGGUGAAAUCUGUGUAUGUGACCUGUUUAUAAGUUGUAUUAGCUUAGUUCUUGUGAACAGUGUGGAAAAGUAAGCCAUGAGGAGAGCGAUUUAACCAGCUUUAAAGGACCUAAGGUGUGCAUUUUAAGCACAGUCUGGAUCAAAGGAGACUCACUAAGACAGGACUUCAGCAGCCUUUUGAGUAUGGACAAGUCAGCAUAAAUAAAGAAUGACAAGGCAGCAGCAAGAGCUUCAACUACAGAGAAGUGAAGGCAUAAGAUACUAUGGUGAUAGUGAGCAACUUUCCAAAAGCUAGUUAAAUCUGCUUAUUACAACUGAAAUAUCGAAGAAAGUCUAGCAGGAAGGAGCUCUUCGCCUAUUGGAACAUCAAUGAGAGAUAGUUGCCACAGUCACUAGGUCUAGCAUUUAGACCUGCAAGGAAGGGCAAUAAGCAUUAGGUAAGGCUUGAAUUUGAAUUUUUUCACUAAUUAAAGAGUAAUUUUUUGUAAAGCAAGGUAAGAGUAAUCUUUUUGAUUUGCAGGUUGAAUGAGAACCCUUCUUGCCUAAAUGAGGAAUGUCUUUCCUACCAUCUUAAAUACGAAGGUUUCUGGCUGGGUAAGGUUUGUAGCUCACAGUAAAAGCUGAUGACACCAUUUGUUCCCUACAAACACAUAUUACAUAUUUUCAAACUUAGGUACACUAGCAAAAUUAUUCAGCUGAUAACUUCGAGAACCACAUCCAACACAUUUUAAAAACAGUUUUAGGCCCUGGCAACAACCAUGAGUAUCUUGAGUCAGCUAUGGCUCCAUGUAUAUGAUUUAUUCUUGGUGUCUUUAGGAUAAAGUUAGUUUUUGGUAAGAGGAGUAAGGUAAUAAGCAGGACACUUGUAAAAGAAGCAUUAAGCUGCCAAUCCUCAUUCUAUGAAAAACCCCUUAGAAUGAACUUCCAAAAUUGCCAGGCGAUACAGACUGAAAAAUGGUCUUCAUUCAAGUGGCCUCCAAUUCUCUUGCAUGUAAAUUCAGGGAAUUACUUGAAUAGGGUGCAUUUUUGGUUCUUUUUAACCAGUUAGCCAGAAGUAGUAGGGGCCUAAUUAUGCUAUCCCCUUUUAAAAAGAUUUCCCAAAGAACAGUUAAAAUAUUCCUGAGUUACUAUUCAUAUCAGUUAGUGAUUAUUCAUAAGGGCUAUUGCUGCCCCAAAAGGGCUUACUAAAAUUUGAGAUUUGAGGGGUACCUGGUGGGCUCAGUUGGUAAGAGUUGAGCAUGCAGCUCUUGCUUGGGUUUAUGAGUUCAAGCCCUGUUUUGGGCAAACACUUGGGCAGGUUUAAAGCAGUUUCUAAAUUAUAAAGUUCAUACGUAGUAGAUUUAGUUCGCCAGAGUUUAUUCUUGGAAAAUGACUGGUUGGCUCUGUCUGUACCUAAAUCAGGAUUGAAUUUCUACACAGAAGUGUUGAAGAAGGUAAUAGUAUUUUGAUGAUUUUUUUUUUACUAAGUGGUUGUAGUGUGACAUUAAGAUAGGAAACAUUUUUUUAAAAAGGCAUUGUUCUUUCUUUACAGUCCAUCUCAUUUCUUGCAAAAUAAAUUGAUUUUAUUUAAAUGUUCCAUUGUCAUUCCUGAAAAUGUGCUCUUCAAUCAUAGUAGCAGUUUUAAAAAAAAAAAAAGUUCUAAGGAGGGGGAAAUGGUUGAGGAAAACAUUUCAAUCAAUCUUGUCAAGCCAUCUCACAUGUUACUGCUUCCCACGCUACAUUUUUUCAAAAACAACAAACCUGAUACACUGAAAUCUUGAAAAAAAUUGGGUAAUACAGGUCAUUUAAGGAUCUGAACAACUGAAAUUAGCCUGUUUCUUAAGAGUUCCACUAUGUAAGUUACGACUUGAAACAUUUCUAGUUAUGGACAGUCUCUCAAAGUUCCAGUAAUUGAUGUCACAAGUAGUUGAAUGAUUUGCAAGUUAAUGCAGGGGUGAAGUAAGGAUUGUUAGCCUAUAUAAUAUUCAAGAUUACUUCUAAAUUCAAUGUUUUAUCCUGAUUUUUAAGACUUAAGAGGUGGUCUGUAAUGGAUUCAAAUGUUUCAUUUGUAGUAUAAUGAGAUGUUUACAGAAAGAUAACUUUUUCAUUAAAAUAUUUUUAGAAA